AGAAAGCAGAAUUUUAACCCCAGGGCUGUGGCCUGGAGGCGUGCUCACACAUUACCCACUUCUUCCUGGCCAGCAAGAGGCGAAGGGGGCAAAGAGAACCCCCGGGGCUGAGGGGACGCCCGGGGCCGGCAAAGCGGCGGUGCCGCGAUGGGGAGAAACCUGACACUGCCAGACACUCCCUGGGAAUAGCCAGGGGCCGAGCAGGAACCAGGAAAUACAAGAUCUCUCUGUCCACAGAAGGCUUCUUCUCCAUGGGCGAGGGAGCGCCAUGGGCAACCUCUGGAGCUGCGGGAGACCCUGGCAUUGCCCUUCACCUUUUAAAAGAAAGACAGAAAAGCAAGGAACUGAUCUGAGACAGAAGAGCCAACAGCAUCAGCCUGACAGGAAGGUUCCAACGCAGGAAGAUGUCCCAGAAUUUCCUCUCUAUGCCACUGUGAGUAAAGCCAAGGGUGUGCAGCAGGACGAGAGCAUUCACUAUGCAGACAUCCAGGUGUUCACCACGCUCCGGGAGCGCUCGGCAGCAGAGGUGAAGAAUUUACAGAUGCAGAAUGCCACAGAGUAUGCAACCCUCAACUUCCCCCGGCCCAGGCUGAAAUAUGACAGCAAGAAUGGGACUCUGGUAUAAAAAAAA